UUAAACAAUUUCAUAUUCCUUUAAUAAUUUUAUUUCUUUAACAAUUUAACAUUUAGUAUGAAUUAGUAGGCCUAAUAGUUAAAUAACAUUAAAAUGUUAGUGGAAAUUGGGAUUUUGCACACAGAAAGUGACCUAAUGAAUGAAAAUAGUGAGAUUUUUUAACAUUUUAUUUUACACUCAGCGCCCCAUGUUUCCCCAAAUUCAUGAAAUUUUCAUCCCAAACACCCCAGAAUAUGAUAAAACACGUGCAGAGCAGAGCCAAUGCUGCGGAGGUUAAUAGGCUUUUAUGAUGAGUGUUAUGGCAGCCUACUGGGUGGCAGCCCUGGGCCUGUGUGUCUGCAUCCUCUCCCAGCAGCACAGACAGCAUGUAUUAAUGGGUUGCAGAGGGAGGGAGGUUCCCUGUGCAGCAGCGCCUCUCUCUACUCUCUUUAUUUGCACCGUGGUGUCGRACUGACUGCUCGCACGUGUCUGUCUUUGUCCUGAUUCACACUCUCACUGGCUGCGGUGUCAGCAGGAAGGGAAAAAAAAACGAGCUGGCUGAAUACAGCGCAUCUCCUGCAGCAAGUCGCCUUUAUUCGGAUCAUUGCACAGCGGGAAGAGGCUCAGCCUUUCUCUGCAAGCCUGGGGUCGGUGGCGCAAAGAUCCUGAUUCCCUUCAGCGAACGAGCCCACCUGAAGGAGGAGGAGAGAGGAUGCGUCCUUCCUGCGUCUUUCCUCGGGUUCUUGCAGGACCGGAGGGUCUUUAGAUGACGCGCAGUGGGGGGUUCUCUGUGUUUAUGUUUCACCUUGUUCUGGAAAACAAACGUCCCAAAGGGAGAUCCAUGCGCCGGUCUUUGUGUUGUURUCAUCAUGUCCCCAGCAUCAUCGGCUGCGACGGCCAGUGAAAGCAGCACCACCUCAGUCCCAGAGGAGGAGACAGAUGGUCCAAGGGAGGAGCAGCACCCUCAGAAACAGUCUCUUGCUAAGUCUUUGUGUCAGGAAACACACUGGAAAUGCCUGCUGCUGUCCAUGCUGAUGUACGGCUGUGUUGGGGUGAUGGCCUGGUGCCAGGUGACCAAGGUCACACGGCUCUCCUUCGACAGUGCCUACAAGGGAAAGUCUAUGAUGUACCAUGACAGUCCCUGCUCCAACGGCUACAUCUACAUCCCCCUGGCCUUCCUGGUCAUGCUCUACGUGGUCUACCUGGUGGAGUGCUGGCACUGCUACGCCAGGAACGAGCUGCAGUACAAGGUAGACGUGAACAACGUAGGUGAGCGCGUACAACGGAUGCAACAGGCUACGCCCUGCAUCUGGUGGAAAGCCAUCAGCUAUCAUUACGUCAGGAGGACGCGGCAGGUGACACGCUACCGUAACGGAGACGCCUACACCACGACGCAGGUCUACCACGAGCGAGUCAACACGCACGUGGCUGAGGCAGAGUUUGACUACGGSAACUGUGGUGUUAAGGACAUCUCAAAGCAACUGCAAGGCCUGGAGGGGUUCCCGAUCACCAGGCUGAGGUUCACCAAGUGCUUUAGUUUUGCCAACGUGGAGUCAGAAAACACCUACCUGACCCAGCGAGCCAGGUUUUUUACAGAAAACGAGGGCUUGGAUGAUUACAUGGAGGCCCGUGAGGGGAUGCAUCUAAAGAAUGUCGACUUUAAGGAGCACAUGAUUGCCUUUGCCGACCUCAACCAUGCUCCCUGGUACGCGUCCAACCCCACGUUCUGGGUGGCAGCUGCCUUCACCCUCUCCUGGCCUCUGCGGGUGCUGACAGAAUACCGCACCGCCUGCGUGCACUACCACGUGGAGAAGCUGUUCGGCUUUGACUUUGCGCCAGCGACGCCAUCCGAGGAGCGUCCAUGUUGCAGACGCAUCCCGCGGGUCAACACAAUCGACAGCACAGAGCUGGAGUGGCACAUCCGCUCCAACCAGCAGCUGGUGCCCAGCUACUCCGAGGCAGUCCUGAUGGAUCUGGCCCAGCUCUCCGGGGGCUGCAACGGCUACGCCGUAUGCGGGGGCUACGGAAGCUACAGGCAAAACUGCGAGCGCUGCCAUCGCGCCAUCAGCAGCUCCUCCAUCUUCUCCCGCAGCGCCCUGAGCAUCUGCAACACGGCGAGCCCCCGCGUCCCCUUCAGCGCCAGCCGCUUCUCUCUGGGUCGGCUGUACGGCUCCAGGCGGAGCUGCCUGUGGAGGAGCAGCGGGAGCCUGAACGAGCCGUCCUGUCCCAACGAGAGCACUCGCUGUCUGUCGGGCCAGCCGAGCGGCGAGGAGAACCCUCCGGCCUAUCAGGACGCUCUGUGCUUCCCGGUGCUCAUCGUGCAUCGCAACGAAGGCUGCCUCAACCACGACCACCGCUCGCUGCACAGGAACGGCUCCUGCGUGGAAACGUCGCUAUGACCCACACUCACACUCCACCACACGGCUGAGAAAACUCCCAGAUGAUGCAAGCUUAUUUUUUCCUCACAUUAAAAAAAGCGUGAUUUGUUCAAACUUUAAAGAUGCUGGAACAUCCUGCUUAGCGAAUGCCAUAAAAGUGAAAUGAGUAACAAUUCUGUGCUAAAAAUAGACUUUGACUCACUGGGAAACUGAGAAGCUGAUAAGAAUUGAAAGAGAUGUGAUAGUAAUGGAAGUGAAAAAUACUGAGGAAAUUCACUGCGACGCACACACYACGUGAGUCAUGAGACUUGUGUGUCAUGAGGAAACAAAUAAAGCCAUCAGUCUUGUUAUCAACACUAACCAGCUGCUGUAAAAAAGUUCAAACCUGAUUAAAUAUCCUACGUUCUGA